AUGGGGAAUCGGCAUCCAGCACCUCCUCCUCCACCAUCUCCACUUUUAAGAACUCCAUGGAGAGAAACAUCUUGGGGAGGUGAAAAUAAACAGGAACUUCUGCAGUACGUGAAGAAUUUUCAACCUCAAAAUGAAGAAAUUCAAGCCAUCAGAGUUUUGCUCCACGGCCCAGUCGGUGCAGGAAAGUCCAGCUUCAUCAACUCUGUCAACAACGUCCUGCAAGGGAAGAUGACCAAUGAAGCUCUGGCCAGCUCCACAACCUCUGAUCAAAGUUUUACAAAAAAGUAUCAAACCUAUAAAAUCAAGAAAGAAAGCAAGGACAACUUUUAUCCCUUUGUGUUCAAUGACAUCAUGGGUCUGGAGGAAAAAACUGGAGUCAGAACAGACGACAUCAAACUGGCCUUGGAGGGUCAUGUGAAGGACGGAUAUAAGUUCAAUCCUAUAUCUUCACUUUCCGAUGAUGAGCCUGGCUACAACUCUUCCCCGUCCAUCAGUGACAGAGUUCAUGUUUUGGUCUGCAUUUAUGACGCUAAUGCACCACAAAUGAAGUCGUCUGUUUUACAAAAAAUGAAGGAAGUCAGAGAAGCAGCCAGUGAGCUGGGAAUCCCUCAGCUGGCGAUUCUCACCCACAUUGACUCAGCCUGUGGGGAAACACAGAAAAAUCUGAGAAACGUCUACAAGAGCAAACAUUUAAAGAAAAAGAUGGGCGACUUCAGCUCCAGCCUGGGGAUCCCAAUGAACUGCAUCCUCCCAAUGAAGAACUACAGUCAUGAAACUCAACUGAAUCUAGACGUCGACACUCUGAUCCUGAGUGCUCUGAAACUGAUGAUUGACUUUGGAGACGACUACGCCGACAAACUGUGUCAUUCGAAAACUUUGUGAGGAUAUGAUUGAAAA